AUGUCCGGACGUGGAAAAGGAGGAAAAGGACUCGGAAAGGGAGGUGCCAAGCGCCAUCGUAAAGUCCUUCGAGACAAUAUCCAGGGAAUCACAAAGCCCGCCAUCCGCCGUCUCGCUCGUCGUGGUGGUGUCAAACGUAUCUCUGGACUCAUCUACGAGGAGACUCGCGGAGUUCUCAAAGUCUUCCUCGAGAACGUUAUCCGUGACGCCGUCACCUAUUGCGAGCACGCUAAGCGGAAGACUGUCACCGCGAUGGACGUCGUCUACGCUCUGAAACGUCAAGGAAGAACCCUCUACGGGUUCGGAGGAUAA